AUGCGGUGUCUUCGUCUUUCGGUGGCUCUCGGGUCUAUUGCUCAGCUGUCUGUUGCCGUAAAGGCAGCCCAAAACAACGGAUCUGCUCUUGGUCUUGAAUAUGACUUCAUUAUUGUUGGCGGCGGAACAACUGGUCUUGUUCUCGCGGACCGUCUGAGCGAGUCCGGCGAUCAACGAGUACUGGUCCUGGAAGCUGGGCCUGACCCUCACGUCGUUGCUAUGCACGAGGCACCCGGUGCUGUUGAAUAUAUCGCGGGCACUGCGAUCGAUUGGAACUUUUACACUGAACCACAGGAGUACCUCGGUGGUCGAAAACUUGCCUACCACCGUGGUCGUGGUCUUGGUGGCAGCAGCAUUCUCAAUGGCUUGUACUAUGGCCGCGGUUCGGCCAAUGUUUAUGAUCACUGGGUUGAACUUGGAAACCCUGGUUGGAGUUGGGAAGAGGUUUUCCCCAAGUUCAUAAAGGCUACUCACUUCAACCCGCCCAACAAUGGAAGUGGUUACGACCAACGUUACCAAACCUGGGACCCCGCAGCCUACUCAGAUGGCCCGUUAGAGAUUGGUUUUCAGGGGUUCGUUCCACCUUCAAGUGUCGCUUUCAUUGAGGCGUGCGAGGCUGUCAAUAUUCCCAUUGUUGUGGACUUGAACACUGGCAAAAAUGUGGGCGUCAAGCAAGGCUCUGCUACCAUCAACUCCAAGUACAGACGUAGCUCAGCUUAUGACUACUACAAGGCCAUUACCAACCGCCCAAACUUACUAAUCCUUCAUGACUCACCGGUUCAGUCCAUAGCCUUUACAAGGAAUGCCACUGGAACUCCGAUAGCAAGUGGCGUUGUUUUCAUCGACCACUCUCUUGGACGCCACCGUGUCAUUUCAGCCUCUAAGGAAGUCAUCGUGACUUUGGGCACCUUCCAGUCUCCCCAGAUGUUGAUGGUUUCGGGAAUUGGUCCGCAAGCCACACUGGAGGCCUUUGAUAUAGAGCCAGUGGUAAUCAACGAAAACGUUGGCCAGCACAUGAUGGAUCACAAUGUUUACAGCAUCUCGGCCACCGUGGUUCCUGAAGCCUCCACCCACUACCUCAUGUUCAACACUACCAACGUUCAAGCCUCGCAAGAUGAGUACUACUCAACUGGUAAGGGUGUCUACACGGCCCCUGGAGGCAUCACGAACGGCUUCCAGGAGUUGUCCAGUGAGCAGCUUAAGUCAAUCGGCGCCGGCGCGGUGAUUGAGGCGGGUCUCACCAACCGCUCAACUGUCGAGUUUCUCUUUGAGUCCUUCUUCUAUCCCAACAGCCCAGGCCCGACGUACGAACCUUCAGCAGAUGGGUCGUACAUUUCUAUCACAGUAUCAAGCAUGGUCGCGUUAUCCAAGGGCAAUGUCACCAUUCAGUCAAGCGGCAUGUCGGAUGCUCCCAUCAUCAACCCCAACGCAAUUUAUCAGUACUAUUCACAUCCCGCCGAUCGCGCCAUAGCGGUGAAUGCUUUCCGCGACGCGAGGAAAAUUCUUGCCCAUGCGGCCUUCGCCAACAUGACCGUUGGGCCGGACCACGGCGAAGUGGCGCCGGGCGUUGCGAACAUCGCUUCUGACGAUGAUGAUGCUAUCUUUGAUUACGUGAAAGCGACCACGGUCCCCAAUUGGCACGCUAGUGGCACGAACCGCAUGCUGCCCUUGGAGGACGGCGGCGUCGUUGAUCCGCGUCUGCGCGUCUAUGGCGUUCAGGGUCUGCGGGUUGUUGACAGCAGCAUCAUGCCCACUGUUCCGGACGUCAACAUCGCGGGGCCGGUUUACAUGCUAGGCGAGAAUGGGGCAAGACUGAUUCGGGAAGAUUGGGGCUUUUGA